UCAUUUGUACUAUCUCAUCUGAAGAAGCUCUCACCAGCAACAAGGGAAACAUCACAAUCAAAUGGGAUCUCAUGCACUGGACACCUGAUGGUUACGAAGCUGUGGUUACAGCUUACAACAACCAGAAACAACGGUCAAUUCCGUCACCUGGAUGGAAAAUGAGCUGGAGAUGGGCCCAAAAAGAGGUGAUAUGGAGUAUGGUUGGUGCAAAAACCAUAGAGCAAGGAGACUGUUCCAUGUACAAAGGUAACAUCCCUAAAUCAUGUGUUCGUAAACCAACAGUCAUUGACAUGCGUCCUGAAACUCCUUACAACCAGCAUAUAGCUAACUGCUGCAAAGGAGGUGUUUUGAAAGCCGGUUCAGCAAGUUCAUUCCAGAUAACCGUUGGUCCUGCUGGUACCUCAAACAGUACUGUUCGGAUGGCGGUGAACUUCAUGUUCACAGCACCUAAACAACAGUAUAUUUGUGGACCGGCUAAGAACGUUAUGCGGACGAAGUUUAUAACCGCUGACGGAAGGAGAACCACAAGUGCCCUGAUGACCUGGAGAAUUACUUGCGCCUUCCACAAGGCAACAUGAAACCUCGCGAGUCUAUAAAGGAAACAUCUCAUAAUUAAAAGUCUUAUCUUCAAGAUUUUUUAUUGUUUUAUAUUUUCAUGUAUGGUUUAUGUUUUAAGGAAAUAAGCAACACUACUUUGAUUGA